ACACACACACACACACACACACACACACACACAUAAUAUAUAGUUGUACACAAGGAAGAAAUUAUAAAGUCUCCAGGCACUCUGUGUACUUCUCUGGCUGUUUUUUUGUAUGUCAGUCACCUUUGUAGUCAUUACCUGAUGCCUUAUUUUUUCCUGUUGUACAAGACAGAAUUAUUCUAACCCUCAUGAAGACACUAACAGUAUUUGUAAAAUUCACUUGAGAUUCACUAAAAAUGCUUACAAAUGCAAACAAAGGUCAGAUGCCACCUUGUCUUUCCAUCAGAAUUAUAAUAUUAAUGACAUAAAUCCAUUAUAAUUGGACCUAAGAAAUCCCUGGGCACCUGGUGAUUAGUAGUAGCAAUUGUACACCAUUAAUAAUGUAUAAUACCCCUAGUGCUAAAUGCGUAAUUAAAGAGGGGGUUUAGAAAACUCUUGGACCAAAACAGAAAAUCCUCGAGUGCAAGAUGUGGCUUCAUUGAAGUGUCCCAAUGAUUCAAUGUGUAGUAAGCACAUUAUUCCAGGGAUGAAAUCAAUCUGGGCAGGAUGGAUGUGAAUGGAAAGUGGGACCUAUGCUCUGCUUCUGAUAACUGCUUAAUGAAAGACCUUCCUCUAGAGCUGUAACUGAGAAGUAGGCAUUAGCUAUGGAUCACCUGUUUUCACUCGAUUCGUGGAAUACAAGUUAGUGUUUGUCACAGUCAGAAAUACAUUGUAAAAAAAUAUCGCUGCCCUCUGCAAACACUGGUCUUUGAAACACUUGUGAAAGCAUGCAAUCAGGACUGGAAAAUUACCUUAGAAACUUUGACUAAUCACAGAUCCUGUAGCACAGGGAUGUUUCAAAGCUUUGGAAAGCUUUCCAAAUUGGUCAUGUGGAGAUCUAACACUUUUGUUUUGCAAUUCAGAUAUUCCGUCACUUUUAAUGGCAGCCUCUCAGACUCCUAGAAGUGGUGUCCAAAGAAUGCUCAAACAUGAACUGUAGUCUUUGUUCUACUGUGAAUAAAGCUGUUGUAAUAGGUAAGGGAGAGCGAGGAGAAAAGAAUGGAAUGCAUAUUGUCGAGAGGAAAGCUUUUAGUUCACUUGGUAAAAUUUAAUAACUUUGGGAUUGUUUUUAAACUUAAAAAAUCUGUGUAGAUUAUGAUUUGCAAUUUUAUUUAAUGCUUUAACUAUUCAGUACUGUCUAGUGGUUUCACAGACCUGUCUUUGUUACUUGUGAUACUCAUCAAUAGUUCAUUAAGUGCCUGCAUAUUAUGGUAGAAAAUCCAUGGAGAGAUUAAGGGAUUAGGUGAUAGAACCAUGUUUACUUUUGACCAAGCUUUUUCUUCCCUGAUUUAAUUCACUUGACCUGGAAAGAUUGUUUUAAUGAUUCUUCCUUUCCCUGGACUUGAUCAUGGGCCCCAGGCAAUCCCUUUUGUGUUCUGGGCUUUUGGUCGAUUUAGAUCAGAAAGGCAAGGUCCAAACAAGUUUUUGAUCACAAAGUCUACAGUGUGCUGAGCUGAUAUUACAUGCUUGGGCAUUUUUGGUAUGUUUUUAGCUAAAAUUACAGAAAUUCCUGAUCCAUGGGAAUCCUUGAGCAAAAUUGAAAAUUUAUUUUCAAUAAAUAUUUAGAAAUGUGGACUUUGGGGUCCAAUCUAUUCAUUUUACAGCAAAGAAAACCCAAGCUAAGCAUGAAGAAUUAACUUGGUCCAUUCCUAUUAAGGGAUGAGGUUGGGACCCAAACACAGCUUUCCAUACUAAUAAACCAGUAGUCUCUCUACUUCACCUUUUAUAUUGGAUUUAAAACUUUUCACUGAGUCAGUCAGUGCCCAGUAAGUGCCAAGCAAUAUGCUAAGUACUAAAGAGACAAAAAAAAAAGCUAACAUUUCAAAAGAAUUCAGACUUUCUCCCUAACGUCAGCUUUGUCAGUUAUUUGGGUAGGUCAAGUCUAAGGAAGUGAGGAGGAGGGGAAGGGAACCAAAUAGUAGAAUGUCAGAAAGCAAUUGUCAAAAUUCUUUCUACAUAUAAUUGAAAAAAAAAACUAAAAAAAAUAUACCUCAGCACUUAAUACAGUAAAAAAAAAGCAUGGCACAAAGGAAACAAUUAAUAAAUAUUUACUGGAUUGUUAACAACAACAACAACAAUACCAAGGAAGAGAUUUCCCACAAAAGCAGGCUCUAGUAAAUCCUUCUCUUCCAUAUUUUUGCCUGUUGGCUCCUUCAGUUCUUUGGGAUCUUUUAUAGAGUAGGGACUAUUUUUGUCUUUCUUUGAAUUACUAACACCUAACAUAGCUUCUGGCAUAUGUGCCUAAUGAGUGCUUGCUGACUGACUUGAGGAUUUUCUAUAGCCCAUUGAAAACAGGGUGAAAGGAAGGUUGAGAAUUUAAUAAAUAAAAAGUAACUGGAGUCUUUCAUUCAGUCAUUUUAUUGAGGACCUACUGAGUGAAAGUCACUGUGUCACAUCUGGAGAAUCUGACUUGUUGGAAGUAGUGGAGGAAAAAGAAAAGAGAAAAAGAUGGGAAGGAAAGAGAAAUAUUGCUAAAAGAGAAAAGGAAGCCAUACAGAAAGUGGAAAGUAUUCCAAGACUGGAACUUUCUUUCUGCAAAGUGAAGUAUAAUGAAACAAACACUAUCACCAUUCCACUUCACUCCAAGCAAAGUGCUUGGGAAGCUGGAGUCAACCAGUGGGGGGACAAGGACAUCCUCAUUUCCAGCUGCUUCUUUUCUAAUGACUUGGAUAACCAACCCUCUAUUUCUUGGUGUGGUCAUUCACAAAUAUCCUCUGCGUUUGUAUAAAGUACUCUGUGACAACCAAAAGUUGGAGCAGCCAAACCUCCAUGAUGGGAUUCAAUCUGGUGUGACGUGGCUGUCAUUUUCUGAAUGUUUUGUGAUAUCUUGACUUGCUUUACUUUUAUUUCAUUCAUAAUAACCUAAAGAAUUGUCAGAAGAACUGGAAAUAAUCAGUAUUCGAGGAGCAAUGGAGGCAGAAUAGUUAAAUAACCAAUGUAAACUCUAUUUUGAGAGGGCUAUUCUAGUUGACCAAUAUGCAUCAGGCACACACACCCUCUUGAUAUCACAGGGGUGGGAUUGAGAGCAGGUGAUGUAAUCUAACUUGACAAACUAGUUAAAUAUUGACAAGCAGAUAGAAGCACAUGGGCAUUCGGACUGAAGGAGGAAGGCAAGGUCUGAUUGUGUGAUUCAGAUCAGAGAGCAGACGCUGGAGUAGACCAAAGAGAAUCGCUGCAGUGGUUCUAAAACACAACUGGGGUCACCUUGGGCUUUCCUUCUCUUGUUAAGAGGAAUACAUGGAUUCAAAUAAAUAUAUUGAGCAUUUGCUGACCCAACUGGAGGAACAACAUCGGAAUCUCUGGAGGGAGAAGUUGGCUGUGGCUCGCCUUCAGCGGGAAGUUGCCCGAAGUAGAAGAGAAGGAACAAUGCAUGAGAAGCUGAUACAAGAAUUGGAGGAAGAGAAACACUUAAGACUUCAAAGUGAAAAACGGUUACGGGAGGUGACUUUGGAGUCUGAGCGAAGCAGAGUUCAAAUGCGUGGCCUGCAGCAGCAGUUUUCAAGGAUGGAAGAAACAGUAAGAAACCUACUACAGAAUCAAGCACCUCCAGAUGGGAAGAAAGAAGAGACUGUGAAUAUUAUGGUCUAUAAGGAAAAACAAUCAGAGGAAGAAAAGAAACACAAAGAAACUUUGGAAGAUCUGCACAUGGUGGUAGAUGAGGAUUCAAGGAGCGAAAGCAGCAGUACAGAUGAGGGGAAAGAAAAGACCAAAUUGCUUUUAGAAAGAUUGAAAGCUCUAGAGGCAGAGAAUUCAGCACUAGCGUUGGAAAAUGAAAAUCAGAGGGAACAGUAUGAAAGAUGUCUUGAUGAGGUGGCCAACCAGGUUGUUCAAGCUCUGCUCACUCAGAAGGACCUGAGGGAGGAGUGUGUAAAGUUGAAAACAAGAGUAUUUGAUUUGGAACAACAGAAUCGAACAUUAAAUGUGCUGUUUCAACAGAGAGUCAAACCAGCAUCAGAUCUACUCCUUCAGAAACUUCACUCACGCAUCUUGGACCUUUCGUCAGGGGAUUUACGUUCAGAGGUAGAGAGAAACCAAAGUUUGAUGCAAUCACGAACAGAUGUUGACAUUCAUGAAUGCCAGCUGAAUGCAAAAUCUGGAGCCCCGAAGUGCCCUGCCUUGAAUAUGACUAGCUCUGGACGGCUAUGUCCCCGCAACAGCUGCAGCAGUAGUGAACUCUCUUUGUCUAGUACAUGUAGUGAAUACUCCAGUGGUUCUUCCUACACUUGGAAUGAUGGGAAGACACUCAAUAAAAGGUCAUCAAUAAACUGGGACAAAAGGAUUUCAUCCCUCCCAAGUGACCUCGCUAGCCCUGCAGAUGAGCUACCUCCAACACGCAUUAAGGAAAGCCACAUUUUGGAAGGCCUGAGGAAGCUGCAGAAACGAAAAAUAUUGCUUGAACCACCUUCUCUAAUAACGAAAUGGGGCUACAAAGAUUGUAUGAACUCAAAUGAAGGAAUCUAUUCCCCAGGAAUUAAAUGUGGCAGCCGUAAAGAGCACCCUCAUUGUACUCCGGCAAAAGCAGGGAGCCCGUGCAAAGAGCUCCAGCAGGCUUUCACUUAUGACUCUGAUUCCCAUGAUGAUGUUGAUGAUGAAACUUCCUCUUUAGCCUUGCUUCAUGAGAUCCCAAACAAAGACCACCGGCUGCCCUGUAACAAGUUGCCUCACAGUAUUUCUGACAGUCUAUUUGGUUGGGAGUCUAGUGGGAAAAACUUUUCAAAAAGUCCUCCCUCUGCUGAUUUCAAGGAAAGACCUGAAAAACUGAUCAAUUUUGAUGGCAACUGCCCAUUAGAGGGAGAGCUAUGCCCCAAUGUGCAAUUGCAGCAAGAAAAAGACCUGCUUGGUCUGGGUCAUCUGGACCUGAAUCUACAGCUUUCUGACACAGAUGACUAUGAAACCCUUGAUGAAUUACACAUAGAAAGCAGUGAUGAGAAAAGUCCUUCUGACUUGUCGGUAACUCCUAGCACACAGACCUUUGACAUCCUGAUAGGGCAUGGAAAACGUCAAUUGGCGUCUUCCAGUAAAGAGGGAAAACGAGCAUCUGUUCCCUCAGACAGCAGGCCAAAGACAUUUAGUUUCAUUAAGCAGCAGAGGGUCAUCAAGAAGACUUCCUCUGAAGAAUGUAUUACUGUAAUAUUUGAUGCUGAGGAUGGUGAGCCUAUUGAAUUCAGCUCACAUCAGACUGGAGUCGUCACCGUUACUAGGAACGAAAUUUCUAUCAACCAAGCUUUGACUGGGUCCAAUGCGGAAUACACUGAACUCUUACCUCAGGGAAUCACUAAUUUGCAGCUAGGAAUGAAUGCAAGAGACUACACAAUUUUAAAGGCACCUGAAGAUGAAACAGAAAAAAGAACUCACAAAGAUAUCAUUGGGCCUGGAAAUACAGGUGUUCUUGUGGUGCCCCCAGAAUCUUUAAGCUCUGGAAGAUCAAUACUAGAAAAUACUCAGCGACGAAAGGAAGCCAAAUCAACGCAUAAUAUAACGUACCGGAGCAAUUCUGUGUCUUCAGCAUCCAUGGGUAUGAACCACAAACAAAACCUGACUAAAAUACCUAGCAGGGGGAAAUCUUUGCCUCAGAAAUCAAAGGUCACAACAGAUCCUGAUGAAACAACUAUAGUCUCACCUCCUGGCUCCAUGGCCCAAGAAAAGUCACCAGCCUUACCUCCUGUGAAACUCUCCAAGUUCAAAAAACCCCAGAGCCCAAUACAUCAUUUGCAUCCACAGUCUGACCCACAUAUGCCCAAACAGCCAAAGCUGCUUCCUCACAGCUCAAAAAAUUCUGGCAGGAAUGACUGGGCCAAGGGACCUAAGAGUUCACAGUUAAUGCCAAGACCCCUCAUUGAACCCACUGACUAUGGGGAACCUCCAACCAAGGAUAAGCAUUGUGACUUGGCACCAGAAGAAACGGUCAAAACACCUUCUCCUCCUCCCCCUCCAGGCAGGUCAGCCUCACUGCUCAUCAGACCUAAUUAUGAACACUCACCACCUUUAUCCAUCAAACCAGGAACCAGUGUCCCCAGUGAAAUAGCAAAGGCCACACUAAAGUCUUCCCCACUGAAAGGCUCUCCAAAUGCUCUCAUUUCUUCUAGUCAGGCUAUACCCGAAGGCCAGGGGAAAAAAUCGCUUAUGGCACUCAAAAAACCUGACUUCUCUCAACUCUCAUCUAAUGAAGAAAAAAUAACCCAAAGCAGAUGCACAAGUCAAUUGUCUUCUGGUACAUUUGCUAUGAUUGGUCCAGGACUUCCAAAAGUUUCUCCUAAGAGAGGCUCCACAAAAGCUUCCAAUCACCAAGCUUCUGGAAAUAGUCAAGGCCUUUCAGACACAGGCUUAAGGACUACCAAGAAUAUUAACUUGGGCUGUGGACCACUAGAAACACUAUCCUCCAAAAGCUCAUCUCCAGGAAGGAGAGGACAGUACGGUGAAUGUCUUCCCAAAUCUCCGAAGUCUCACCCCAUUAGCGGGAAUGAACCAGUGUCAUCUCAGCUUAAUAAUCCCUCAUCAUCCCCAUCCUCUAAAAGUCAAGAUGCCACAAACACCAUCCAAGGUCCUCAUGACAAAGGGCUGAAGACCCGUCUCCCUGCGGGACUCAAAGUACUUGUCAAAUCCCCACAACUGCUCAGGAAGAGUUCUACUGUGCCAGGGAAACAGGAGAAGGAGAGCAUAAACGCAGCUUCCAAAAGCUGUGCAGUAGCCAGCAAGUCCAAGCCGGAAGAAUCUGUGGCUCUAACAAGAAUUGUCACCACAAGUGGGGAACUGCUAAAUGUGUCAAUGGUGGAUUUAGACACGAAGGGCAGUUUCCCUUCAGGACUUGCCACAGAGAGCACCCUUCCACAGUCCCCCGAGAACUGCAAUGUAGAGGCUGACAGGGGAGAUGUAUUAGAAAACAGAUUCAUGAAGAGAUCCACCUCUUCUAGCAAACCACACUUAAAACCAGCUCUAGGAAUGAAUGGGGCCAAAGCUCGUAGUCAAAGUUUCAGUGUUCAUUCUGGAGAAAAGCCUUCCACUACUGCCUCUGAAGGACUUGGCAAAGUACGGACUCAAAUCAUUACCAACACAAGCGAUAGAGGCAAUUCUCUCACACGCCAGAACUCUGCUACUGAUGGAUUCACAAAUAAGAUCACUUCAGGAUCAAUUACAGAGAAUGUUUCCAUAUCUGGUAAGCCAAUGGAGGACUCCUUCUCUCGGCAAGGAUCUCAUGGAAGUACAAACAGCUCCAGCAGCCAGCAUGGUAGUCCAAGCAAGUUGCCUUUCAGGGUUUUCCCUAAAACAGAAGGGAUUCACAAUGCAUCUAAAACCCAGGAGUCACCCUCUCAGGGAGACUGCUCCACCAUAGCUUUGUCUGAAGAGCAAGGCAAUGGCCCUUACAGAUGCCUCCCAUCCCCAUCAUCACCCAGUCAUCUGUUAGAUCAUACAAGUCCCCUUCAAAGUCCAAGAAGGAUACAGUGCCUAGGUCAUUUUGAACCAAGCAGUGCACACAAGAAAGAAAUCCCUGGGAAUCUAUCGGACACUUCUGAGAUGGGAGAUGUACCCCAAGAUGCCCCUGUUCCUCCUACAAUAGAAGAAAAAGUCAUGCUCUGCAUUCAGGAAAAUGUGGAAAAGGGCCAAGUGCAAAUUAAGUCUCCCACUAUGCAGGCCAAACAAAAGACAGGGCCCUCCAUUGCCAGCUGGUUUGGUUUUCGAAGGAGUAAACUCCCAGCUCUGAGUGGCAGAAAAAUGGACAUCUCCAAAACCAAAGUAGACAAGAAAGACGCAAAGAGUUUGGGAUUUGGAAAUAAACAGCAAAAAGUAGAGAAAAAGAAAGACAAAAGGAAAUCGGAAUUGCAAUGUGAGACAGAAAAUGAAGUCAACAUAAAAACGGAGAUGGGAAAUAUGCCAGACAGUGUCUUAAAGAACAAAAGAAAUAUGAAAACACCACAAGACGUUCAUGUCCAAAUGAAGUUUGAACCGAGGAAUAGACUCAAUCCUGCCACAUGUUUGACAAAAGACACCUUUAUGAAAGAACUUUUAAACAGAGUUGAUAAGAAAGCAGCCCAACAGACAGAAAGUGGAUCAAAUAAUGUUUCCUACAGGAGUGUGUCUAAAGACAACUCCCAGGGCUCCACUCUUCCCAGCAACUCUAUCAGCACUCAAGAAAACCACAAGAAAAAUAGCAAAACCAAAGCUGAUAUGGAAACACCGAAUGAAACUCUGAUAAAAGAGGUCACUGAAAGUCUUCAAGAGGAUGAAGAGGACACCAUUAUGGAGAAUAGAGGACACUCUCCAUUUCAAAACCACAUAAUAGAGUCUAGCUGCCAGAUGAGAACACUGGACAGUGGGAUCGGAACCUUUCCACUCCCAGACUCGGGAAAUCGUUCCACUGGACGGCACACAUGCAAACCAGAGACCUCUAUGGAAUCUGAACCCUUCCUGUCUCUCCAGGAAACCCUUCCCUCAGCUCCCCACAUCAAAGCCAAAACCCUUGAACGAGAAGUGCCUUCUGCAGCAAAUACCCAGGGCUCCCUAGAAAGCAUCAUUGUUCAUUCCACAUCUGAUCCAGUCAUGAUUGCCAAAGGUAUUCAACCUUUUCAAAGUCGCCUCCCCAAACCAGCUUCCUCAGGAAUAAAUAACUUAAAAAGGCAAAGUGGAACAGAUCUGACACCUCAGGCAUCAUUUGAAUAUGCUAGGGAAAAAAUGGAGAAUGGGACAAAUCUCCCUGAUUGGAACAGUGACAAAACCACCAAGAUUCAGGAACAGAAAUUGAAACAAGUUGAAGAAACAAAAGAAGAUUCUGAGAAUAAAUUAUCCAGAAUUUCCCUGGAGUCUCUCAAUAAACUUAACAGCAAUAGUAUGAUUUUAUUAGAAAAAGAGAACUGUCUGAAUAAGGUUGAAAGACAAAGGGAAGAAAAGGGGAAAAAUGAAGAUGCAUCUUUAAAAAGCUCCAAUAGGCCUGGUGUAGAUAAUUUGGAGUCUUUAAGUGAUUCUUUAUAUGAUAGCUUCUCUUCCUGUGCAAGUCAAGGUUCAAAUGAUGUAUAAAAGACUUUUUUCUCCCCAGUGGGAUGAGUAGAGCAGUUAAAAGACUGAGAAAAUAAAAUAAAAAAUAAAAUGUACUAUUGAAGUAACACAGCCGAAAUUGUAAGAUUCACAGCAGGCUGCUCUCUGGCUUACUUCCAUGACACAGCAAUAAAGACAGACUGCAUUUAUUGUGGUGUAUGAGGAUAAAAGAAAAUACAUACAGGACACAAAAGUCUUAAUUUUGCACUUUUUUGAAUACUUGUACAGAAGUUGUAAAUUUUGGGGGAAAGAUUAUAUUUGUAGCAAAAAAAAAUGACAGCAAUAAAUUGGUGCCAUGCUCUUGAAAGAACAGGUAACUAACUUUCUUAAACUGAUGUUAAUAUUAACAAAAACUUUUAGUUGGAAUUUUUUAAAAGUUUAUUCUUCUAGUCUGUAAACUGUAUGUAGGGACACUGCUUAAACAUAAAACUGAGCCUUCCAAAAUCACAGUAAUAAUGAACAUGGUAAUUUCUAUUUUGAAAUAUUAAUUUGGUAACUUUUUAGUGCAAUUUCAAAGAAGUUACUGUGAUAAUUCAAGCUCUGAGUUACUAUAAUUAUCCAUAUUUCUACUCAUACUUGAAGAAGGUUCUGUAGUGAGGCCCUGAUGGAAAAGGAUAUAUGCCCUAAGUGGCCUAGUACUGUUUCAAAUAGUGUAUUACCUCUAAGGUAUCCCUGUAACCCCCCCCCCCCAACAUAGUUGUUGUUGUUUUUUCUGGUUUCUGAACAUAUCAGUUUUUAUUUUUACCUUUAACUCCAAUUUGAUCUCAAUUUAGUCAAUUUUGAACUUCCAGAAAUGAAACACCUCAUUUUCAAUUUGUACUUUUUUUAAUCAAAGAAAUGGUUGGUGCUUAAAAAAAAAAUCUUUUUCAUAUCCAUUUUUUUCUACAAAGACUGUUUAUAUGUAAGGAUAAAAUCUAUUUCAAAGGUUAUGUGUAUUUUUUCUAGAUGUGAACUAUUUAUAACUGCUUUUGUACAUGAACCUGUAAACUAGUUAUAAUGGAAAUAUUUCUAGGAUCUAUGUGGUUACUUUAGCACAUGUUCAUUUUUUAAAAAAUAUAUUGUAUGAUCAGUGUUAUUUGGUUAAUUUGUGCAAUUUGCUCUAUUUGAAUUUUAUCCCAAGUGACAAUUGUGUAAUUUUCCUUGUCUUUCUGACUUUUAAAAAAUUCUUUUGCAUUUCAUUUCGGAAUAAAAAGGCCUAUCAUACACA